UGACACCGGGCGGCAAGUACGUUGCCCGCCAUUGACCAGCCUCAGGUCGACAGCAACACGUCUGCGCCGCCUUGUGCCAAUAAUGCAGGCAACGAAUGUCGAGAAGCUUCGCUGGAAACGUAGUACGUGGCGGAGAUCGUAGCUGUGGGGUCGGUGGAGCCAGAGAAGUGAGUGGGGCACCGGACGUAGUCAUGUGUGGGGGCGACACUGUCGUGUUCGUGUUCUGCUUCAGAAAUCGGUUAAUAACCGCCGGCAAGAAAAGCGGACUAAAAUAACUCUUGGAGAAAGAAUAUAAAGAUGUGAUCACUAACGAAGGAAUUUUAUCUCCAUUGUCCUCAAAACAAAAGGAAAAUGGAAAAUAUAUUAAAUGGGUUUCCAAAUCACGAUAGUCUUGUCGUUGGAGAACCCAAGUCAUGUUUGAAGUCAGGCUCCGCUGAAGACAGGGGACUUCCAGAAGGUCAUGAUCAAACCGAGGCUUCUCUUGAGAAGAAGACGGUGACAUUUAUCGAUGAUGUCCAGGAAAAUAAGAUGGACAAUACCGAUUCCACUUCACCGAAUUUGGAGACACAGAGUAAAUAUGGGGCCUGCGAGGGUCAAGGAGCACCUGACAGUAACUGUUCUUCGAACAGCCCCACAGCAUGCUGUCCAGGUAGCACGACUUCCGAUAAAGCUGAAAUUUUCAGUGAAAAUCAGUUAUCGGGAAAGGGAUCCGGAGCUAAUGAAAGUACUGAUUGCACUGCUUCAGAAAGUCUAGUGACUGGGGAAAGCAAUGUUCAGUCAGAAGGUACUGCCAGUGAAGAAAAUCCAUCGAAGAAGGAAGGAGGGGAAUGUUUACCCGCGAAAAUCGAAAAGCAGGUGACAUUUGCGGAAGAUGUGGAAGUUGUUGUUCCCGAGGACGCAAACAAACUAGCGGAAGAAGAAGCGCAUCUGCAGAGCCAGACCAUGGGGAGUCACAUGACCUUUGUCACGUGACGUUGCCUAGCAACUGUCAGGAGGGUUUAGACAGCAUCGUGGGUCUGAUGGAGGUGAGCGGAGGUGAGAGGCCAGUGGAAGCGGGUCAAGAAACUUCCAUCGACGAGAAAGCAGGUGGUCAGACGGAGACUGGCAGCCCGGAAAUGACCCGAGCAGUGGAAGAUGCUGUGUUGAAGCUACUGGCGAGCAGCGAGACAAAACCUGUUAAAGAGGAGACUGGCGACGACAGCAGCGAUGAUGUGAGCGCGUUGUUGACGAAAGACAAGGCGGGUCAGAACAAGGAGCCUAUCGCUGACGGCGGGAGGACCUUGCAAGACUUUUUGAGGAACUAUGAUGUCACUUCAGAGCUGGGCUGGUCGGAGGGUCCUGACCACCUCCACCACGACCUAGACGCCAAGGACCUCGACAACAUGGGCGACGACGAAGAAGAGUUACGGAACUUGUUGGGUCCGGACGUGGACCGGGGAUGGGCGUGGGUGGUGCUGGUGCUGUCCUACCUUGGCAUGACCAUCUACGGCACCUUCGCCUUCUCCACGGCAUCUUGCAAGCGGAAAUCCUGGAGGCGAUCGAGCCUGACAUCCAGAAGACGGCGUGGGUGGGAGCCACUCACCUGUGUAUCAUCAGCUUGUCAGGACCAUUCGCCAGUGUCAUGAGGGACUACAUCGGAAGCAGGCGGACUAUUCUCGUUGCCAGCCUCGUCAUCUGCAUCGGAAUGGUCGGAGCGUCCUUCUCCAGAACUGUGGCUCACCUCAUUCUUACCUACGGCUUAAUCACAGGUGUGGGGAUGGGCAUGGCCCUCAACCCCAUCUUCGUCAGCUCCGGCUACUACUUCGUGCGUUAUCGGGGCAUUGCAUCCGGGGUUGUGGCUGCUGGCUCUAGCACUGGCAUGUUUGUUGGUGGUCCCAUCAUCCGAUCCUUGCUGGACAGCUAUGGGCUGGGCGGCACGUACCUGAUCAUGGGUGCAAUAGGUCUGCAGCUGGCCGUGGUGGGGAUGGUGAUGAGGCCAUCAUCCAUGGAGCUGAAGCGGGAGGAGGGUGGGCGGAUGGUUCUGGAGAAGAACUGGAAGAUGGACUCCAUCAUGCUAGCCAGCGCCUCCACUCUGCCCAGCGUGGGAGGACUGGGGAACGUGCUGGGCGCCUCCACCUUCAACAUCCUGCGCGACAAGGAUGCGCAGAGCGAGACGCAGAAGUCGCAGUUGCUGUACGGUAUUCCUGAAGACAAAGUCGUCAACUAUCACGUACCGGAAGUGAAUGUGACGUCAGGUGACGUGACGGACACUCACUCGCGGCUGGACUGGCACUUUCAGUCCCGUCAACGGCUGUACAGCCAGUGCUCCUACGUCAGCAGCAUAGAGAACGUGUCCACCAGGGGGCGACUCUACAGCUCCUACAUCCUCCGUGACAUCGGCCGCCCUCUGUCCCGCAGCUCCCUCAGCAUCCGCACUGACGACAGGCCACCAGAGGGCGCCACCUGCUGCCAGUUUAAUUGCAGCUGUCUAGACGCGUUCCGAAUCCUCAAGAAUCCGGCAUUUCUUCUCUAUAUGUUCUCCUGCUUCAUGUGGUACUUCGGGGAAGCAGCAGUCUUCACUUACCUCCCUUCCUACGCCAUUAGUGAGGGGACGCCACCUAUCCAGGCGGCGCUGCUCAUGACGGUCAUGGGCGCCGGGAGCAUCGUCUCGCGCCUCAUCACUGGCUUCGUAGCUGGCGACUCCAGUGUGGGUCCCGAACUCAUGCACAUUGGGUUGUUGGGCCUGUGUGGAGCGCUGACAGUCACUCUACCUCUCUACGCCUCCUCCACCAGCGGCCAGUUCGUCUACUCUGGACUCUUCGGCUUGUACGCCGGAGGUCUGGUGUCGUCCAUCAACAUCAUCAUUAUCCAGCUCAUCGGCGUCGAUAACAUCGCGCUUGGCUUCGGGUUCAUCAGUUUCGGUUUGGGAGUGGGCUGCCUGGCUGGCCCCGUCUUAGCAGGUGUGAUCGUUGGGACUACUGGCAACUACGGACAUGUUUAUUUCUUUUGCGGGACCCUGCUGCUGGUGGGCUGCCUGGCCGGCUGCCCAAUCGUCAUGUUCAAGCCACGCCCACCUGACCAUGACACUCUCGGGUACUUCCGGAAGAGGGGGUCCAUUCGCUCCGGUUCUCAAGUUGUUAGCGAUGAUGGGGUCCGCUCUUUGGCCUAACCACUGUCAGCAUUGCACAAAGCAUGACACACACGCGUAUGUGUGUGUGUGUGUGACUGAGUGUGUGUGAGAGAGAGAGAUUGAGUGUCAGGGUGUAUCACUGUGUGUGUGGGUGAGUGUGUGUAAAUACGUGGAUGCAUAAAUUUCAACACUAAAUGUUUUUUCCUGUCUUUCAUGUUCUUCAAACGCGGUCGACGACCAAAAGAGCUAUCUAUAUCUUUAAAAAUGCCUCAAAGUUGUUUUACCGAAAUAAAAAAACAAUGUUCAAAAAAA